AUGUUGAAGAUGCUUUACCAUCAAACUCGAGAGAAGAGAAAAGUGGCAACGCUGCGUACCGAACACGAGUUGAAAGAUUGCAGCCGCCAGGUUGAAACACGGAUAAACAAGGUCACAUGGCUGCCUGCGGCGAGGUGGUUACCUUUGGCUCUCCUCCUCUCUAUGUCUUUAUUCGUCCUAUGGAUGCAGCUAGCACUGGCUCCGUACAUCUUCCAACCGCUUCCACUUGGCUCCAUCCAACCAUUGGGAUGGACAAACGACCAACUGAAACUUAUGGCAGAUGGCCUAGCUGGGCACCAGUAUGACUUCUACCAUCUGGUGCAUCAGUCCCCCUGGAUUGGAGGUAAUUCGGAGUACUCUGUCCUCAACGAAGGCUUGCCUUACUGGUUCAAUGGACUGGUCCCUCUUGCGUAUGGUCUGAACGACUCCCGUCUGAUUGCUCAAGUAGAGGAUGCCACCGAGUACAUAGUCGCACAUCAAUGGGAAGAUGGCUGGCUUGGUCCAGAAGCCCCCGCUGACAGAGAUCUCUGGGCACGAUAUCCUCUUUUUCUUGGACUCAUUCAGCUUGUCGAAGCUGAUAACACUCAAGCCAACAGAGUCGUUCCUGCCAUGUAUACUUUCAUUGAUCUGAUGCACUCUAUGCUGGUCGAAAACACUGGGCUCACGCAGAUUUGGGGUCGAGUGAGAUUCCCAGACAUGCUCAUCUCCCUGCAAUGGCUGUAUGAGAGUUAUCCGCUUGGAAACCAGACUAUGAUGCUUGACACAAUGUCUUUGCUUGAGUCCCGUGGCUUCGACUGGUCUAGCUACUGGACUGAGGACAAUUUCAUAUUCGUCGAUCUGGACACUAUCCAAGAUGAUAUCGAUGGAGGCUCACCGCGAUUCCCUUUCGUUCACGGAGUCAACGCUGCUCAGGGUCUCAAAGCCGGUGCAACCAUCUACCGAUAUACGGGAAACGACUCGAUUUUACAGAAUAAUCGCAAUGGCGUCAAUUGGACGUUCAGCUACCACGGGGAUGUAGCAGGCAGUAUUAUCGGCGAUGAAAGAGAAACGGGUUUGGGCUCGAACAGAGGCUCUGAAUUAUGCACCGCGGUCGAGACGAUGUAUUCGAUGUCUUACUUGUAUCAUACUUUGGGCGACAACUACUUCGCGGAUCGAUGCGAACGUGCGGCUUUCAACGCGCUGCCGGUCAGCAUAACAGCAGACCAUUGGGCUCGCCAAUAUCUUGCUGUGGCUAGUGAGCCAUACGCAAAGCCAUUAUCUGAGGAGAACCCAUUCUGGAAUGUUGGAGACCUUGGAAUCAUCUAUGGACUGGAACCCAAUUAUCCAUGCUGCACAGUCAAUAUGCCACAAGGACUUCCCAAAUUCCUCUCCGCUUCCUUCGUCCAAAUUGGCGACAACGGCUUAGGCCAUGCUCUACUGGGCCCAGCUCAAGUCUCUUUUACUACGAAUGUGGUCACUGAUAUCGUGAUCACAUGCACAACCAAUUAUCCGUUCAGUCCAGUACUCUACUACAACGUCACCACCACUUCGCCGUUCACUUUCUACCUCCGCGUCCCAUUAUGGUCUGUACUGGACAAUUCUUCCAUCACUGUAAACAACAACAGGGCAAUUCCACUCACUCCUGAUCCUCGUACGGGAAUGAUGCCAGUUCUUUUAGGGUUUGGAACCAGUGCAGUGACCUACACCAUAGGCGCCAAUGUCCGUGUGGAACAACGAGCAAACUCAACCAUUGCUGUCUACCAUGGCGCGAUACUUUAUGCCCUCGACGUUGGACAAAUAGUGACUACGCUGCCCAACUCCCUCUACAACGCUUCCUACUCUAAUGCUAGCCCCUAUGACACUAGCGCACCAUUGAUUCCCAAUGAGGUUCACGACUUUGCAUUUAAAAAUACCGAAUCCUGGAACAUGGCUAUCGACAUCUCAUCCCUGACUUUCCACACCACGUUCAACAAUGCAACAGAACCAGCCUUGAAGAAUCCCAUUUUUGACUACCAAGCCCCACCUACAUACAUCUCCGGCAAAGGCUGUGAAGUUGAUUGGCCGUUGUAUAAUGGACUGCCAGCGCCGUUGCCUGCUCUACCCGAGGGUGUGAGGCAUCGAAGUUGUACUGGCAAUGUGACGGAUGUGAUACUGAGGCCGUAUGGGAGUUUGAAGAAUCACAUGGCUGAGCUUCCGACGGUUGAUCUCUCCAUCAGUUGA